AUGGCAGGCACCGCUAAGCAACUAUACAAAGAGACAAUUGCACGAGACACUAUCAAUGACAAAAUCAAGAAAAAUGACUUGCGAAUUGUUAUUGCCGAGAAAAAGCUGGAAAUGCUGAAUCCCAAUCCGGUCGAAUACGUACAAAUAUUGGAUAUACUCGACCCAAACACCGAUAACUGUCUUGCUAAUCGCGGCAUUUGCUACAAUGAUGAUGCUAGUAAAUUAACGUAUUAUCAUCAAUUUGCGAAGAUACUGGAUGAAAUAUUAGACAAUAUCAUGCUUGACAUUCUGGAUAGUGAAAAGGUCUCCAAGGCUGCUAAGACUUCCGUCAUGAAUAUAAAAAAAGUGUACAAUGCCAAAAUCUCUUUAAGCAAUGGCUUUGGUCGAAGAAUAAAUCUAAUUCUUGCGACCAAGAAUAUCGAGUUGUCUCCGUUUACCUACCGAUAG